AGCCAGCGCGUUGGAGACCUGGGCGAGGGAGACUCAGAGAGCAAGAGGCAGAGGGAGGGGGCGGGUGUGGAAGCCGAGGCAGGACCCUGAGCCCGGAGAGGCAGAGACGGAGAACGUCCCUGGCCAGAGAUCGUCCCCCCGGGGAGACUCCCAGUAGGGCCCGGGACAGAGAGACGCCUUCAGGGCCAGAAACCCUAGGAGGCAAAUACCCCUGGGAGAUAUUACCGCCCCCCCCCCUCCCCGCCCCAGACAGAGAGCGCCUCGCAGAGCGGGGACGAGGACAGACUGUCAGAGGACAACGCCCCCCAGGCCGCCUGGGAGACCCCGGAGCGACAAGGGCCUUGUGCGGGCCAGGGCGACCUCUUCUUGGUUGGGGGCGAUGGGGACACGGGCCCCGCAGGGCCUCCUCCUCCUUCUCUUGCUCCGGCUGCUGCUGCCACGCGGGGCCUCAGCUGGGAACCUGCAUAGCCCAGGCCUGUCCGAGUGCUUCCAGGUGAAUGGCGCAGACUACCGCGGCCACCAGAACCGCACGGGCCCGCGCGGGGCUGGCCGCCCGUGCCUCUACUGGGACCAGACGCAGCAGCACAGCUACAGCAGCGCCAGCGACCCCCACGGCCGCUGGGGGCUGGGCGCGCACAACUUCUGCCGUAACCCAGAUGGUGAUGUGCAGCCAUGGUGCUACGUGGCCGAGACGGAGGAGGGCAUCUACUGGCGCUACUGCGAUAUCCCCACGUGUCAUAUGCCUGGGUACCUGGGCUGCUUCGUGGACUCUGGGGCACCCCCGGCCCUCAGCGGCCCCAGCGGCACCUCAACAAAGCUCACGGUCCAGGUGUGCCUUCGCUUCUGCCGCAUGAAGGGCUACCAGUUGGCCGGCGUGGAGGCUGGCUACGCCUGUUUCUGUGGCUCUGAAAGCGACCUGGCCCGGGGACGCCCGGCUCCGGCCACCGACUGUGACCAGAUCUGCUUUGGCCACCCGGGCCAGCUGUGCGGCGGCGAUGGGCGCCUGGGCAUCUACGAAGUGUCCGUGGGCUCCUGCCAGGGGAACUGGACCGCACCUCAAGGUGUCAUCUACUCCCCGGACUUCCCGGACGAGUACGGGCCGGACCGGAACUGUAGCUGGGCGCUGGGCCCUCCGGGCGCCGCGCUGGAGCUCACCUUCCGCCUCUUCGAGCUGGCGGACCCGCGCGACCAGCUGGAGCUGCGCGACGCCGCCUCGGGCAGCCUGCUCCGCGCCUUCGACGGCGCCCGCCCGCCGCCGCCGGGGCCGUUGCGCCUGCGCUCCGCCGCACUGCUGCUCACCUUCCGCAGCGACGCUCGCGGCCAUGCGCAGGGCUUCGCGCUCACCUACCGCGGGCUGCAGGACGCCGACGACCCUGCGCCCCCCAAGGGCUCGGCCCAGACCCCUGCAGAGCCCCCCGACGGGGCCAACGUGAGCUGCAGCCCCCGGCCUGGGGCUCCAGAGGCCGCGAUGGGGGCCCAGGUCUUCUUGACGGUGACGACCGUCUCAGUGCUGCUGCUGCUGCUGCUGCUGCUGUCGCUGCUGCGCCUGCUGCGCGGACGGAGCUGCCUGCUGGCUCCGGGUAAAGGGCCCUCAGCGUUGGGGCCUUCCCGGGACCCCGCAAGAAGCUGGGCCGUUUGGUACCGCCGGCCUCGAGGGGUCGCCCUGCCCUGUCCUCCCGGGGACCCCCAGGAUGAGAGUCUAACCGCGAGUUACCGGCCAUUGAGCGCCUCCAGCCAGAGUUCCCUGCGCUCACUCAUCUCUGCUCUCUGACUCGGGACCCCCAGGGUCCACUGGACCCUCCUGCAGCGGGAUAGACUCCUGAGACCCUUUGCCACACACUGUCUACCUUGGCCUUCUGCCCUUUUGAAGCUUGGCAG